AUGCAGUCAUGGGAAUCUGUCCAGGGAAUCUUCGCCCACCAACAAGCUGUCACCAUCCUCAAUUCCUUGCCGCUGACUGGUUCCCGCCAAACAAGCAUCCCGUCCUUCUCCUCACCCUCUUCUCACCGGUUCCUAUCUCAAGUGAAUCCAGAUGAGAUGGAUCACCUCAGCCUGGCCUGA